AUGGCUGCAAAACCUGACAUGGUUGCAGAAGUGGAAAUGACUGACGCAAAAGGAGUGUUUUCUCCGGCACACGACCACGUUUCAGUGAACAUUCUGGCGAGACCACCCGCCGUUUCUUUCGCAUCAUCAGCUGCCUGUGUUGGCAAAACGUGGAACCAAAGCUGCAACAAAAUUCUUUCUCGUCCCCACUUCUCUUCAGCUUUGUCUCUCAAUCCGGACCUGCAUGCUGCCUUAGAUGAGGUUCUUGCUGACGCUUUCUCUAAGCCGCUUCGACCGGACUUCAUUGUCGCAUACAUCGGCAUAAAUUUUAGCUUGGAAGAAACUCACCACCUUAUCACUGAGAAGGUAGGCCCUGGAAUUCCGGUUAUAACCAAUAAGGCCAAGGGACUAAUUGGCACUGAUGUCCAAACUGAUAAGCUCAGAGAGGUGGUUUGGGGAUCGACUGAUGGUGAUUCUGAGUGGAAUGAGAACAAUUCGAACCAAGGGAUUGUUUUGUCUGUCGGAUACAUGCCCGGUUUGAAAGUCGAUGUCAUCCCACUCUUAAGGCCAAAGAAUGAACAACAAUUGACUAUGGUUGACCACUUUCUGAUGGAAAUUAUGGAUUUCACCUGCGCUGCUUCAGGUUCUUUAUCCCCAUCUUGUAUCAUAAUGUUUGGGGAUAAAAAUGAGGAUAUGAAUCCCAUUCUUACCAUCCUUGAUCAGGUCAUGCCUGAUGAGACAGCCAUUGUUGGUGAUGCAAGUGCCGCCUUUCUGUGCACUCGAAUGGAUGAAGCGGAAAAUUACAAUAAGGAUGUGUUCUCUUUCGCCGCUGCUGCUCUCAUUUUUGCGAGGGAUCAAUACAAGCCUGAAGACAUAGGGGAGACUGAGUUUCAUGUCACAGUGUCGAACGGUAUAAUACCAUUUGGUCCUCAUCUCAAGACGGUUUCAGUUCUGGAGAAGCAUUGUCUUUGUUCAUGGGUUUCUGCCAUAAUGCUAGGAUUCGAAAGUGUCGUUAUCGAUUGCUACGAUGUUUUAAUGGAACUGAAAAGCCAGAUCAAAAAGCCUGAUAUGUACAUUGGGGUCACACAAAGAAGAAACUACUCCAUUUUGGAAAAACCACCAAGCUCCAUAAGAUCCUUGUCCUUUCAUGAAGUUAAGGAUGGAGAGGGAGACUUCAUCCUUGUUGAUGGCAUUGGUAUCAAACCUGGUGAUAUCUUCUUCUUCUACCAUGCAGAUGCUGAAAAUGCCUUGAUCACCAUUGAUCAAGCCUGUCGCAAACUUAAAACUUUGCGUGAAGAUUAUGAGAAAAACGGGCGAGAGGUGUUUGGAGGCUUCAUCUUCUCCUGCGAAAAUCGCGGUGUGUCGUUUUUCAAGAGGCCUGGAGUUGAUAGCAAGCCAUUUGCUAUGAACUUUCCGGGAGUUCCAGUAGCUGGUAUGUUUGGUAAUGGUGGGGAGAUUGGACGUGGUACUUUGCUUGGUGUUAAGAAAAAUCUACGACGAAAUGGUCCUCGCAGCUGUGUCCAUGCCUACAGCUCUGUUUACUUGGCCAUGUCAUAUGUUCCUCCUCCUGAGGCUCCAAUGAUCAUAGAUGAGUAG